AUGGCCGUCGUAUCGGCAGUUUUCUGCCCCGGAGCAACGCAUAGGCCGCUCACGCGGGCGACACUACGACAGUUGCGCCGGGCUGUUCAGGAUCCAGAUUGUGGAUGGGCCCCACGGCUGCUGGCUGUAAUUGUCGUGGCGUACGCCGUUAGCCCCAUUGACCUCAUACCAGACUUCAUCCCCAUCCUGGGUAUCCUGGAUGAUCUAAUCCUGCUGCCGGGCCUGAUCUGGCUCGCCAUACAUCUUAUCCCCGAGGACGUGUGGCAGCACGCGCUGCAACGCGCAGAGGACGAGCCGCUGUUGCUGGCGCAGAACUGGGUGGCAGCGGUCGCGAUCUUUGUCAUGUGGGAUGCGCUGCUGCUCUUUGCAGUCUACAUGGCAGUGGUGCACUUUGGGACGCCCUUCUGGCGGCAGCGCUGGUAUGUGUGGGUCAGCGUGGCUGCUGCGGUGCUCAUAGCUGCCGAGGCCGGCUGGUCGGCGUACCAGCUAAGAGCGGAGAGGCGCGCUGCAGAGGCUCGGGAACAAGCGCAGGGCAAUGUGAGCGCAAGCCUCUUGGCGAACGAGUCUGCAGACAGCAUUGUAUAG